AUGGAGAGCGGGGGUUCCACGACGGCCUCCGAGGCCUACCAAUAUGUCGGGCCCUUCAGAUUGGAGAAAACCCUUGGAAAGGGCCAAACAGGCUUGGUGAAACUCGGAGUGCAUUGUGUGACCGGCAAGAAGGUGGCCAUAAAGAUCAUCAACAGAGAAAAACUUAGUGAAUCUGUACUAAUGAAAGUGGAGAGAGAAAUAGCAAUUAUGAAGCUCAUAGAACAUCCACACGUGCUGGGCCUCUCCGACGUCUACGAGAACAAAAAAUAUUUGUAUUUAGUACUAGAGCAUGUAAGCGGUGGCGAGCUUUUCGACUACCUCGUGAAGAAGGGCCGCCUCACACCUAAGGAAGCGAGAAGGUUCUUCAGACAAAUCAUAUCAGCACUGGACUUUUGUCACAGUCAUUCCAUUUGCCAUCGAGAUCUCAAGCCUGAAAACCUGCUGCUGGACGAGCGGAAUAAUAUCAAGAUUGCCGACUUCGGCAUGGCGUCCCUACAACCCGCUGGCUCGCUUCUAGAAACCUCGUGUGGCAGCCCUCACUACGCUUGCCCCGAAGUUAUAAGAGUAAGUUAA